CGUAACAGUCGUGACUGACGCUCGUCGAUCCGGCCGCCAUUACCGCCGUUGUUAAAUUACAUGUUGGCUUAUUCCGUUUUAGUGUGGUGUUGUUGUAGAAUUUAGUGUCGAAAAUGGCAGAAGCCGCUGAAGUGUGCAGCGAAGAAGAAGACAACAGGAUUAUAGGAUUAAAUUAUCUAAAUGAAUGGGGUUUAUCUCCAACCACUAUACAACGUUUCGCGGAUAAUGACAUUGGUUUCACGUUAAUGGAAGAGAUUCAGGACGCUGAAUUAAAGGAAUUAGUGCCAAAUUUAAAAGAAAGGAUUUUAUUCAAGAAAGGGCUCCAAAAAAUACGUGGGAUUAUUCAUGAAACUGCGUCUGAAGAUACAGCUUCAAUAAGCGAUGAGUUGGUUUCACCGAGCUCGCCGUCAAGCACCAUUAGCUCCGGAAUAAGUGAAUGGGGCACAGAGAAAUCUCAUGAACAAAUUGAUUUGAAAGAUAUUCUGAAAACUACAAGUUUUGGCGAACUGUGUCUUGCAUCUCCAGACAAGCCCCUCAAUAAUGCAGCAAGGAACCAAAUAGUUCGAAUCAUUGUAGAAUAUCACAUCAAACGCUACAAAAGAAUGACCAGUCAAGAUUUUGACACAUUGUCCAAUCAAAUAGUAAAGCUGUUUCCUUCGGAAUACAAGGAGACAUAUUACAUCCCCAGUCGGAGAGUAGGAGAAAAAACAUAUAUUCCUGCACAAGCGAAACUACCUACUCGCUACCGUAAUCAGAUAAGAGUACUAAGGAAAGCUGGAGUAAAACCACUACCCACCAGCAGUGACAACAGUUCCGAUACCAACGAUGAUAACAUUCCAGGUUCCAGUGCUGCUGGUAUUUCACCAGAAGUGGCCGAGGAAUACAAGUUGUGGUUGAAAUUUAACAAAGAACCAUGGACAGACAUUUUGGAUAAGUGGAACCAGACGAGAAAAUACAGACUGGCAUAUAUUGCUGAAGAAAGAUAUACAAUCCUCGAUAUCCUUACAGAAUGGCCUAGCCUUAAAAUGAGCCUAGGAUAUAAAUUGGUUGAAGCAGAUUUUGACGCUAUGCAUCCACAUUGCGAACUUAAUUUGUUUAAAAAAUGGCCAUUAUUUAUGGCAAAAGCAAGACCCAUAUUGAAAAAUCUUAAAUCACCUGAUGUCAAUUUACUGGAUGAAGAACUUGAAGAAGAUGCCAGAGACUACAUUUUCUUCAAAUUAAUGUCGUACAAGAUGCCGCCUACGGUUAAAGUGCCAAUAAAAGAAAAUGGAAAAAAACGAUUUUACAAACCCAGCAUUGUGGAGUCGCAGAAUUCAUUUAUUUUACACGUUACGAACCAGAGUGAAAUUAAAACCAAACUGGAGCAAUACCAGAAAAUGCAUCUAGCCAGAGGAACCACUUUCCAACCGCUGGUGAUUGUUGUCGGACCAACGAGCAGGGACUUGCAACAUUUCUACGUAGCAGUUGAAUCAGUUCUCUACAAGGUAGACCAACUGCUAAAAGCUGUCGAUGUGUGCUUUAAAUUAUUUAAUACUGUAAAUUUGCAGUACCCACUAGAAUGUUUAAGUGUAUGGCAAUUCAUACAACGUUUUUUCUAUGACUUUCAAAACAAAAAUGACAAGAAGAUCUCCUGUGUCUAUUGUUUCAUAUCGGAUCUGAUGUAACUGAGUAGGUAUCUUUCAAAAACUAAAGAAAUUCUUGUGGUUUGGGAUAGUAGUCUAGUGACGAUGUUUAUUUGUUUCAAGUGUUUGUUUGAAACAGCAAACCAUCAAGAUCUUAUUCACCAUUUGAAAUUUAGUCACGAUCUAUAUGAUAACUCGAUUUAUCGAUGUGCACAAUCGAAUUGUUUCAGAGAAUUUCAAUGUUUACGUUCCUUUCGUCGUCAUAUAAUUAGUCAUAAUGUCUCGGACCGGAACAUAUCUUCAGAAUUUAACCCGCCACUUAACUUUAACACUGAGAACGUUAUAGAUAAUACUCCGGAUACGUGUAGCGUUAAUGUAUGCUGUAGUAGUCUGCAACCCACAUCUGAAAGUUUAAUUAAUAAAGAAGAAAGUUUACGGAAGUCUACUGCAGCAUUUGCAUUAUCGUUGUAUAGCAAUCCUUAUUUAAAUCGUAAAUGCGCUAGGAAAAUUAUGGACGACGUUUCAGAACUAGUAACUGGUGUCAUUGGAACUAUAUUGUCUGAAUUCUCACCUAAUGACCAAACAUCGAAUAAAAACAUAGUUGAAGCAAUUUCCCAUUCUUUUGACGGCUUGGAUACUGAAAGCCAAGUCAUUAAAUAUCUUUCUGACCUUAAUAUUUAUGUACCUCCAAAAAAAUUUACAAUUAAUGAAAAUGUAACUGUAAAUACAGGAAAUUCUACGAUAAUGCUAAGACCUAAGUCGGAAACUGGAGCGAUCGUACCUUUAGGAGCAGUUUUAAAAAAAAUAUUCCAACUUCCAAAUUUUCUUAAAUUCAGCACUUCUAGUAUUCCUGACACCCAAUCUAUAUCAAAUUUUAUUCAAGGUAAUAUCUGGAAACAAAAAAUGGUCGGAAAAAUGGAUGAAAAGAGCUUAUACAUUCCAUAUUUUCUCUAUUUUGAUGAUUUCGAAUGCAAUAACCCCCUCGGUAGUCAUGCUGGAAUCCAUUCUAUUGCUGCUACCUAUUACACAUUUCCAACGUUGUCAGCAGAUCAUGCCUCACUAUUAGAAAAUAUAUUUGUUGCAAUGUUACAUAAAUCGUCUAGCAAAAGUCAUGGAAAUGCUGCAAUUUAUUACGAACUUAUAAGGGAGUUGAAGAGUUUAGAACAAGACGGCAUAGAUUUAGAAACCAGUGAAGGUAAUAUUAAAGUAUAUUUUAUACUAGGGAUGAUUAUUGGGGAUAAUUUAGGACUAAACACUGUUCUGGGCUUUGCUAAAUCAUUUUCUAGUAACUAUUAUUGUAGAAUAUGUAAGGCUCAUAAAAAUAUAAUGGGAAAACAAUGUAAGCAAGAUGACGGUUUAAUGCGAAACCAACACAAUUAUAGCACUGAUGUCGAAAUCAACAAUGUUACAAUGACAGGUAUAAGUGAACAGUGUGUAUUUAAUGAUAUUAGCAGUUUUCAUGUUGUUGAUAAUUUAUGUGUUGACAUUAUGCACGAUAUAUUUGAAGGCGUUUGUCAUUAUGAUCUGACUCACAUUAUUCUGUAUUUUACAGAAAGCAUAACAUUGUUCACUUUAGUCAACUUGAAUAAUAGGUUACAAUUAUUUGACUACGGACCUAGUGAGCUAAAUGAUAGAUGUGGAAUAAUAAAACAUGAACAUUUAAUGAAAAGCAAAUUUAAUAUGUCUGCAUCUGAAAUGAUGUUCUUUGUACAUAUAUUUCCUUUGUUGGUGGGAGACUUAAUACCUGAAGAUGACAAAGUAUGGCAAUUCUUUCUUACACUGCUAGAAAUUAUUGACAUUUUACUUUGUAGGGAUAUCGAUAAUUGCACACUAUUGUAUUUAGAAACCUUAAUAAGUGAACAUCACGAAAGUUAUGUCAAACUAUUUCACGACAACUUAAAACCGAAGCACCAUUUUAUGGUACAUUAUCCGCAUGUCAUAAAGCAAGUAGGACCUUUAAGACUAACAUGGUGUAUGCGAUUCGAAGCCAAACACAAACAAUUGAAAAGAACGGCAUCUCUUAUAACGUCUAGGAAAAAUUUGCCAUUGACUUUAUUAAUAAAAGAACAAUUGACUCUUGCUCACAGACUUUACACUGGAAAAGGAUGUGAAACAAGAAUCGAGUUGGGUACUAGGACAUCUGACACACUGAAUAGUAUUUAUGAAUAUAUUAAAGAUGAUAUAAUUUCUGACGAUGUCAAUUUAGCAAAUGCUUUUAAUUGGGUUUAUUAUAACGGUAUAAAAUAUGUACCAGGAAUGAUUCUAAUAAUUUCUAAUAGGACAUGCUACAAUUUUUUAAAGAUAAAAUUUAUUUGCGUUUCCCUAUCAAGUAAAAGCAUUUAUUUUCUAACAGAACAAAUUGAUUACAUCGGAUUCAAUUAUCACUUGCAAGCACACCAUCUACAUCAACGAGAAACUGGUUUAUAUAAACUAAUUAUGCCACAAGAUCUGAUUUACGCACCAACUCAUUGUCAUAUUAUGUCUAAUGGAGACUCUUACUGCAGAAUCAAAUAUAUUUAGUGUCAAAAUCUUUACGGGCAAUUUUUUUAUACUGAUUGAUGUAAUAUUCUACUGUUCACCAAAAUUUGUAGUUUUCAGCAAUUCUUUUAAAUUAAUUUGUUCCUAAUAGUGAAAUAAAAAAAAAGAUUAAUAAGGACUAAAACUAUUCUAAGAAGCAUAAAAACUUACACGAUAUUUAUCUAUGCAUCAGUCGCUCACUCCAGAGAUAAUGGCCAGGGAGCGAAACUUUGGUGCCGAUAACAGACGAAUGACGUCAAGCUAAAAAAUAUAGUGUUUAUAUGUUUUCCCGUGUGGUGACGGGUUAAGAAUUUCACCACCCCUUUCUUCCCGUGGGUAUCGUAAAAGUCGAUUGAGGGAUAUGGGUUAAAUUGUGGCGUAGGUAAGAGGCUGGCAACCUGUCACCGCAAUGUCACAAUUUCGUUUUCAUUCAACCCCUUAUUUGCCAAGAGUGGCACUGAAACUUGAGUAGUUUCAUGUGCUCGAUACGUAGCCUUUAUGUUUUUAUGUAUGUAGACUAUGGAUACCUGAUUAUGUCUAGUCUAGUUUGAUUAAAAAGAUGUAAUAUUAUGUUAAAAUUUUAAGCGUCCUGCAUACUUCGUAUCGUAAUCCAACGAAACUGUGUUUUUUUCAUUUACUUGAGGAAUGCAUCAUCAGAUGCAGUGACUGACGUCAGAAUGACUGCCCACAUUUAUUAUUAUUCUAUAUACUAUGAUUGACUACCCAUUUGCUACAUACAUAAAAUAUUUUUUUCCAGAUUUUUUAAAGCAAAAAAUAUAAUUUUGUAAGCAAAAUGUUUUACACAUGUACGUACAUAUAGUUGAAACAUAAACUAAACUUUCUUUCAAACGAAGCCCGUUGCAAUCGUUGCAGCCAGAUAAAAAAUUAGCCAAAUGCUUAUCUUAUUACCGGCAGCAAUAAAUGCCAGUCUAUAGGUAUUUUCUGGUCUGGUUCCACUUAUCCAAAAUGUCAAUCCAUGGUUCUUUGUUAACUUUCAACCACAACUAAUAUUCCUCGGCCACUUCUGGUGAAAUAUCAUUAUCAGAUCCUGGUUAUGAAAAAUUACCCACAUGAUCAAUAAAUAAUACAGUUUAAUACUUAGCUGAUUACUAGGGUGUUGCUUAUUUUAUCGAUUUUAAAAUGUUCUAUGUCUCACCCCAUAAAAAUGUUCUCUGCCACUAAAAAACGUGUAUUUUUUUUUUCAAUUUUUUCCGUUGGAUACCUUCGUCGCUACCACACACUGAAAAUUUUGAUACCUCAUACAAAAUAGCCGGGUCCACACCGGCCGCACGCCUUGCGAGGCAGUGCCUUGCGCGCAAAACGUCUGUGCUCAUGCGAGCACGUUUGCCUCUCCUUUAAAUUAGCUCGCCAAGAUGGCGGCCCUCGGUCAGCUGUCAAAUAUUUCUGCACGAGAGCACAUAUUUAUUGCCGUAAAUCGUGAACGAUUUACUAUUCUUUUUUUUCCUUAUUCAAAAGGUCGCCGUCUUGCCAAACAAAUUUGCUCGGGCGAGGCAAACGUGCGCGCAUGAGCACGGAUGUUUUGCGCGCGAGGCGUGCGGCCAGUGCGAACCCGGCUAUAUGUUGUAUGAAGAAUCAAAAUUUUCGAUAUGUGGUAGCGACCCCUAAAAUAUAACGGAAAAUUAAAAAAAAAAUACAAUGAUUUUUUAGUAGCAGAGAAAAAUUUGAGGGGGUGAGACGUAAAACAUUU